UCCCGGCGCUCCGUUCCCGCCAUGGCGGGGUUCGAUCCGGCGGCGCUGCCCGAGCUGCUCCCGGUCUAUUACCGGCGGCUCUUCCCGCACGGCCCCUACGGCCGCUGGCUCAGCUACGGCGGCGUGAAGAACUACUUCCAGCUGCGGGAAUUCUCCUUCACCCUGCGGGACGAUGUCUACCUGCGCUUCCAGUCCUUCGGCAGCCCCCAGGAGCUGGAGCGGGAACUGCAGAAGAUCAACCCCUACAAAAUCGACAUCGGCGCUGUCUAUUCCCACCGGCCCAACCAGCACAACACGGUGCACCUGGGAGCCUUCCAGCCGCAGGAGAAGGAGCUGGUGUUUGACAUUGACAUGACGGAUUACGACGACGUCAGGACGUGCUGCAGCUCGGCUGAUAUCUGCUCCAAGUGCUGGACGCUGAUGACCAUCGCCGUCCGCAUCAUCGACCGCGCGCUCGUGGAGGACCUGGGCGUGCGGCACCGCCUGUGGGUGUACUCUGGCAGGAGGGGUGUGCACUGCUGGGUGUGCGACGACCACGUCAGGAAAUGGUCCCCAGCCCUGAGGGCAGCGGCUGUGGAGUACCUGAGCCUGGUCAAGGGCGGAGCAGACACGGUGAAGAAGGUGAGCCUGUCCCAGCCCGUGCACCCCUUCAUCAGGCGCUCGGUGGCCGUGGUGCAGCAGUACUUCGAGCAGCACGCGCUGCUGGCACAGGACGUCCUGGGCAGCCCCGAGAGGUGGGACAAGGUGCUGGCCCUGCUCCCCGAGGAGCUGCGGGAGCCGCUGCAGGCGGAGUUUCCCCGCAAGAAGGACUCGGUGCAGCGCUGGGAGCUGCUGCGGGCCCGCGCCGAGCGCGAGCGGGAGCGGGGCCGGGCGGGGCACCCCGAGUGGGAGGUGAUGCUGCAGCUCUGCUUCCCCCGCCUGGACUGCAACGUCAGCAAAGGGCUCGGCCACCUGCUCAAGAGCCCCUUCAGCGUGCACCCCAAAACAGGGCGCAUUUCAGUCCCCCUGGACCUGCAGAAGUUGGAUGAGUUUGAUCCAUUCUCGGUGCCCACCAUCACGUCCCUGUGCCAGGAGCUGGACGCGGCGGGCAGCGAUGGCGAGCAGGAGGACGGGGGGGACACUGAGCCCAAACGGCGCAUGAGGGACUACAGGAGGACCAGCCUGGCCCCGUUCGUGCGGCUCCUGGAGCAGUUCGUGGAGGGGCUGGAGAGCGCCCGGCGGGGAGAGCGCAUCCGCCGCAGCGAUCUCCAAGGAGAUUUUUGAGGCCUGGACACUGCCAGUGUUGUCACUGUCACCUCCCCUGGCCCUGGGGGUCCCAUGGAGCACCCAAGCCCCCCAGGCCCCCAUCCCUGCCCUGUUUUUGUACCUUUUGUACUGUUUUUUUACACAAAAGCCAUUAAAUGUUUCUGUCGGC